ACGGCGCGCCUCUGCUCCAAUGGAAACAGGCGGGAUCCCCGGACUCCUCCAAUCACACCUUUCCUCCAUGAGGGCGGCGGGGUAGGGGGAGUCCUGAACCGGAGGCAGGACCCGACGAACUUCCACACUCGCCACAGGAAAAGUCGGGAAAACACAUCUGUCCCCGCAUGACGCUGUUUGUGUCGGCCAGCGUGUGUCGUUAAAGCCGUAGCGGUGACCGUUAGCGGGCCGGCAGUUUCCCGGAGCGCCGGUGAAGUUGUGGCCGCUGUUGACGGCGGUGUGGUAGCGUCGGGACGCUUUGCCGCUAUGGAGAACAUCCACUGAUCGGAUUUGGAAUUGUUUUUCUUGGAUUUAUCCCCGGUAAACCGAGCCGGUUUCUGUUCCCGCAUAUAUCCCAUUGGCACUGUGGAGUAGGAAUAUCUGGAUGAAAAAAAAAAUGCCUGGGAGAACCAAGUACAACCUCGUAGAUGAUGGGCACGAUCUGAGGAUCCCAUUGCACAACGAGGAAGCAUUCCAGCAUGGGAUCAACUUCGAGGCAAAGUACAUUGGCAGUCUGGAUGUGGCGCGGCCGAGCAGCCGAGUGGAGAUAGUGGCGGCGAUGAGAAGAAUACGGUAUGAGUUCAAGGUGAAAAACAUCAAGAAGAAGAAAGUCCACAUCGUGGUGUCUGUAGAUGGCGUGAAAGUCACCUUGAGGAAAAAGAAGAAAAAGAAUGAGUGGACAUGGGACGAGAGCAAAAUGAUGGUGAUGCAGGAUCCCAUUUACAGGAUCUUCUACGUGUCUCAUGACUCCCAAGAUUUGAAGAUCUUCAGCUACAUUGCCAGAGAUGGACAGAGCAAUGUGUUCCGCUGUAAUGUCUUCAAGUCUAAGAAGAAGAGCCAGGCCAUGCGUAUCGUUCGGACAGUCGGGCAGGCGUUUGAAGUUUGUCACAAACUGAGUCUGCAGCACACGCAGCAGAACACUGAUGGACAGGACGACCACCACAGCGACAAGAACAGCAAUGACUCUUCCGUCACAGGUGUGCGUGCUUAUCCACCUGUGUGUGUAUGUACUUUCCUGGGCUCAGCUCGGGAGCUAACAGGUGCAGAGAAGACGCCGACCGUCGCUGAAGAGACCGACAUUGAUGCCGAGGAGGUGAACCAGGCGCUAGCAGCACAGGAUCUGAACCUCAACAGAGGAGUGACUGACCUGGACGCCACAGCUAAGACAACAGAUGUGAACCUCUCAGAAAACAAGCAGCCUUCAGAGGAGGCUUCCCUGCUGGUGUCCAGCCCCAAGAUGCUGCUCCCAGUAUCAGGCAUACUGCCACCCAGCACCCCGUUGUCUGUGCACCACCAGAUCCAACUGCUCCAGCAACAGCUCCAGCAGCAACAGCAGCAGACACAAGUGGCUGUGGCACAGGUCCAUCUCUUGAAGGACCAGCUGAGUGCGGAGGCCACGGCUCGGCUGGAGGCCCAGGCUCGCGUCCACCAGCUGCUCCUCCAGAACAAAGACCUGCUGCAGCACAUCUCUCUGCUGGUUAAACAGAUCCAGGAACUGGAGACCAAAAUGUCUGGACCAAAUUCCAUGGGUUCCCAGGACAGUUUGUUGGAGAUCACGUUCCGGUCUACAGUACCUCCUGUGAUAUGUGACCCCACGACACCUAAGCCUGACGUGUCAGCCCUCAACCUGCACACAUUUGGCAACGGCGACGGGACCAGCAAUGCCUUCUCAUCAUCCAACGGGACUCUGGGAAGCCCACUAGGUAGGGACCAAUGUCUACUCAAACUGGAGUGUUUCCGUUUCCUCCCGGGACCCCCGGGGCCUCCACCUCCUCGACUCCCCUCGCCUCCUCAUCUGCUCAAGACUAACAGGCCAGAGAUCAAAAGUCCAGAAGCGUCAGAGGGUCCAGUAAAGUCUUUGUCGUGCGACGUCAAAUCUCUGGGCUGCCUGGAAUUCGCAAGGUUUCGCGAGUCGGGUAUUGCCUCGGAGUACGAGUCAAACACGGACGACAGUGAUGACAGGGAGGAUGAGGAUGAGGGGGAGGACGAGGAUGAGGAUGAGGACGAGGAAGACAUGGAGAUCUUUGGAUGGGGAACAGAUCAGGAGACAGUGAGGCUACUUAAUGUUCUCAACAGACAGGGAACUCCUGACUGUCUGGGAGAUGAAAUAGCGGUGUAACACUUUAACCUGCCCCACCCCCCCAUCCGGAGAAUCCUAUGGUGGCUUGUUUUGUUCACUUACUUAAAACCGAAGUGUGAGAAUGACAUAUAUUGGAUGUACACAACUACAUAAUCAAGGCUAACAUGAAUUUACCAAUCGCAUUUUUUUCAACCUGAUGUUGUUGGCAGAUUAAAGCUAUAAACUGUCCUCUGAGGUACAUUCAGCUUGAACUUGAAGUGAAUUUAAGAUAACUGUGGUGUCAGCUGUUUUUAGACGGACAUAAGGCUUGUAUGGGAAAACAUAACCUUGUCCUGCAUUCGAAGUCAGUACAUUAAGUCCCACUGGGGAAAACACUGCUGCCACGGUCCUUGCGCCUCUUUUGCCUCUGAAAUGGUUGGCUUUAGGCAGAGGGUAGGGCCUGCGAUCACUCGCAGUGACUUGCCGUUCUCAAAGCAACUUUUGUGUGUCACAACUGCAGUAACACUGAGUAAGUCUGCUUUCAGUCUGAGAGAUCAGAAUGAGGUUAAUUUGACCAUUAUGUGCAGUUUGGUGAUAAUGAUCCUGCAGCAGUGUGAAAAGUUGCAAAUCUGUUGCCCUCUACAUCCACAGAAAUUCACGGGUUCGCAGCCCUUUGCCGCACGUCUUCCUCUUUCUCUCUCUCCCUCCGCUUUCCUGUCACUCUUCACUGCUCUGUCCAAUAAAGCCGAAGUCAGUCAGAGUUGAACUGAUGGGAGACAGGUCGUCUCCCAUCGGGACAGGUGCUCUCCCGAUGGGAUUAAGAGUGGUUGCCCAGAUGUAGAGGGCAGAGAACUAAGUCUAAAUAAAUUAAUAAGGCCAGAGCAUCAAAUGUAAAAAGAAACCAAAUUAAAAUAGUGUCCCUUUAAAAUAAGGACACAUGUGGGCACAAACAAAUUAAUAGCAGAAUGACAAAUCAAAAGUCAUCGACAGCAUGACAUCAGAGAGGAGACCAAACAAGAACAUGCCAAACAUUAAGAAGGUUGCUUCCUUAUAAAUUUUAGGUUUGUCAAACUUAUCAUCCUGAUACAGGAGGCAAAAAAACAAGUUCACACGCCGUAACGGGGCAUAUUGUUAGCUAGAGUUUAUCAAAAAUCAGCUGUAAGCAAAUAAAGUUUGAUUAUAGAUAAUUUGCUUCUAGUUCAGGCUGAAUUUACCUAAAGAAUAGUAAUCUGAGUUGGUCACAUACCCUUGGAAAACAAGAGUUUGAGCCUAAUUUGUAUGCACACUCAUGCAUAUACUCUUAUUUCUCUGAAUCUGUUGCUCCUGUUUGCUUCCUUUUGUUUCCUGUUUUUUCGUGACACACGGGCGUCCAUCUAUCAGACACACUCAUCAGAUUCAGACUCUAAAGUUUUCCCCUUUGGGUAAAUUGAAAUUGUGAUUCUGCGUGUGCGCUGAUCAUGUCAUGGGGCUGUCAGGGUGUAACAGGAAAUCAAUCACAUACCAAAUGGUAGUUGUUUCAAAAUGUACAUAUAUAAUAUCUCCUUUAGGUUAGUUCAGGGGCAAGUGCUCACUCUGUCAACACGGACGGAGUAGCGAUCAUUCACGCUGACAGGAACAAGACAGAAGUGUUCGGGACUAAAGAGACCUGAGACUGACACGCUCUCGUCACUGCUGGAGUGAAAAGCGACUCUUCCUGCGAUGAAGCACGAACAAUUGGGUCUAUCUUUUGGAGGGACUUUGUAACUUUGGAAAGGGAAAGCCCUUUCUUCCUCUGUUCAUAAUAACUCAAAGACUAUUUUUAGACAGAAAUCUCUAUCUACCUGUACAAACUUUGUUUUCUACACAGAAACUGUUGGAACUGCUCCAUCCUUGACCCUCUUUUUUGUCUCUCACUGUAUGUCAACUUGGUAGUCAGAGCAUGUUUGCACUCUUUUCAGUUGUCCACGCACAUAUCUCCCCACUUUUUAAUUUAUGUAAAGCUGGGAUUAGUUCGACCUCGAGGAACGCUGUUUGUUUCUUUUAUUCAUCCGGUAAACAAAAACUCUUCCCGCGUGCCAAAACAGCGGCUCGCGGAUGACGGCCAAGUGCGGUCCCGUUUGUUUUAACCCAGCUCUGUGUACCGGCCUCCAGGCACGAGUCAAUAUUAAAGUAUUCGUUUUGUUUCAUGGGGAAAGCUACAGAGUUUUCAUUCUUGUGUACCGUAGCCAUAGUUUAACAGGACAGCCCUUCACUCAGAUCAGUGCAGACAGUCGUAUUUGGCAAAGGUAGAUGCUGCAGAGAUUUGAAGAGGAAGUGAGCCAAAUCUCUGAGUGCUCAAUAUCUUUUUGCAAAGAGCUUUAGUCAGAUUGGAUUAAACCAAUCAGUGAGAGUCCAGUAAACUGCCAGCCACUUGCCAUCUGAUUGUGUUUGUAUUAAAAGAUAACAAAGAUCCUAUCUUCUGUUUGUCUAAAGUUUGUUUGGAUAUUCGUGCCAAAGUGGUCGCACAUGAGAACUAACUAGUGUUACCAGUAAAAAAUAUGCAGGCCAGCUAUAAUUAGUCAGCAGCAUAGGUUUUCUCUGGCUUGACUUAAAAUUGAUCCAAAAAAUCUAAAUUACAUUUCUAGACGCAUAGACCCGUUCUGAAAAUAACCCAUAAGACUGACACAUUAAGUGGUCAUUACCCAGGCCUGAUCUUAACUGCUCAGUUGGUAAGUUGGUCAGUUGGCAUACUGGCAAGCAGUCUAAUCUGUUAUCACAAAGGCGAAGCACUUGAUAGGCGAAUGAGUAAAUAAUCUAGAUCUGGGCAUCCUUCAGUCAGAAACGAUGUGAGGAAAGUAAGAGACUAAAUAAGUCCCAACAGAGGGUCAAGGUGAAACAGAGGGACACCACAUAAAUCAAUAAGUAUCAAUAAUAUAACUGUUGAUUUUUCAAUAGCCUACCUUUACCGGUUUGUUCAGUGUGGAAAGCAGAGGUGCCGGCCAGCUAUUAGGUUAUGAUUCACAGAAAUGCCCGUGCCUUCUGCAAUUUCCAGACAUCUCAAUCAGUUCUAUACUGCUGUAUAAAUCGGCGGAUCUUGAUAGACAAGUUCCAGAUUAGGUUUAUACCCAGCUACAGGGAAAAGCAGGCUUAAACCUAGAUGGUCCCGAAACAACAGCAAGUUAUACCUUAGGACCAGAGUUGUAGACAAGUGUCUUAGUCCAAACUGUCGUCGACUUGACAGAUGCAAACAGACUGAAAACUAGGGAUGGGUAUCGUUUAGGUUUUAUCUGAUACCAGUACCAAACCGGUACUUUUGAAACGGUGCCGGUGGUU